UGACCGUCCUCUCGUUGAGAUCGUUGCCGGCCACAGUCCCAACCCCUUCUGAAGACAACAAAGCGGGGGAGGAGCUUUUCUAAAAACACAUGCAUCGAAGUUGCAAGAGAGUCGAAGGAGUUGGAUUGGAAGAGACGGGGGCGGCGGUCUCGAGCAGCCCUUCUUUGGGAGCUGUCCUGGGUGUCCACAGAAAAGCAGGGUUCAUUUGCCACUUGCACCGUUGCUUGAUUCAAAAUGGACGCCGAUGCCAUUGGCAAGGCCUUUGUCGAGCACUACUAUGCCACGUUUGACCAGAAUAGAGCAGGGCUUGGGGGCCUGUACCAGGAGGGAUCCAUGCUCACGUUUGAGGGAGAGAAGUUUCUUGGCGCGCAGAACAUCCAAAACAAGAUCAGCAGCCUCGCCUUCCAACAGUGUAAGCACAGCAUUCUCACAAUAGAUUGCCAACCGUCAGGCCAUCCUGGGGGCAUCCUGGUAUUUGUAAGCGGGUCGUUACAGCUGGGCGGGGAGGAGCACCAACUCAAGUUCAGCCAAAUGUUCCAACUUCUACCGGCCGGAUCCAGCUACUACGUCCAAAAUGAUGUCUUCAGGCUGAACUAUGGGUAGGUUAAGAGAAAAGGGCAUACAAGAGAGGUGCAACUUGCACUACUCAUGUUGGACUUGUCUGGCUGGUCUAAUAUUGGUAGAUUGCUUCUAGACUGCUCUAAGUUUGAACAACUGUUUCGUGGUGGAAGCUUGCAUGUCUUCAAAGGAGCUAAAAUGCAAAUAAGCUGUCGGCUCUGCAUCAAUCAACAAAACGCAACCUGAAAGUCUCCCCUUGAUAGGAAUAGCUACUGAAAUACGACGUGAGGUGUGAGCUAGUGUCCAACAGCAGAUCAGUCGCUCCGCAAGUCCAGGAUGGCACAACUGUUGCAAACAAGGCUUGGAUAAUUACCGGCCCAGUGCUCAAUGAGCGCGCUUCCUCCCUGGUAUUCCACUAACAUUUUUGGACACAUGCGCCAUGUCUAUGCCUUCGCACUUUGAUAGAAACGGGGGGAUAAACCGUAGUUCGUUUUGAAAGAUGGAAGCCUAUGCUAGUCCAUUCUUGGUAUACUCGUCACGUUUUCGUUUAUCUAUACGUACUCCAAUUCUUUGGACACAGACUUGACGGCCCACCCCAUUCAGCUGUUAUGCACUUGAAUCUGACUCCGGGCCUG